AAGACAUCGCGUGAAUAGAAAACCAAACGGAAUCUGUUAAUUGGAUUGUAAAAUUGCAAGAAGUCAAUUUUGCGAGCUGCGUUGAGUUUGCAACUCGAAUUAGCAAUUCUCAAGCCACUGACUGCAGAAAGUUUCUUCUUCAAAUUCUCUUCCGAAAAUCUUCGAAUCGGCCAAUGUGACGGAUGAAUGUUUUCAUAGAAUGAGCUUUCUGAAAGAUAUCAUCGAGAAUUUUAGUUCGAUCUUCUCCGAUUCGGUACAGACUGAGAGAAACCCUAGCACCACAGGCGGCGGAGCGAUGGACGCGGAGGGCGGUGUUUCGACGGGGAAUGAGCGGACCGCUUAUAAGCUGAAAGGUUACUUUGAUUUGGCCAAAGAGGAGAUCGCCAAGGCUGUUCGCGCUGAGGAGUGGGGGUUACCUGACGACGCCAUUUUUUGUUACCAGAAUGCGCAGAGGAUACUGGGUGAAGCGGUUUCCACUCCUGUGCCUUCGUACAUCACCUCUAGUGAAAUGGAGAAGGUGAAAUCUUAUAGGCAGAAGAUAUCAAAAUGGCAGGGUCAAGUAGCAGACAGACUGCAAACGUUAACUCGAAGAACAGGUGGAUCAUCAGAAAUCAAGAGCACAUCACCAAAGUUGCAAACUGGGAUAGUUUCAUCUUCGGCUUCACAUCCAAGAAAAGUGGCAGCACAAAAAGUUUCUGUCAGUAGCAGAGCUGGUCCUGCUCUGAGGAGUCAAGGAAACAAUGCUUCAACGUUGCAAAAAUCUGCUCAGGGAUCUGCUGGUGGUCAUGAUGCUAAAUUGGUAGAGAUGAUAAACUCUGUGAUUGUUGAUCAUAGCCCUUCAGUUAAAUGGGAAGACAUUGCUGGUCUUGAGAUGGCAAAACAAGCAUUGACAGAAAUGGUUAUUCUACCAACAAAAAGAAGAGACCUUUUUACUGGACUUCGAAAACCAGCCAAAGGUUUAUUGCUCUUUGGACCACCUGGCACUGGGAAAACCCUGCUUGCUAAAGCAGUUGCUUCAGAAUCUGAAGCUACCUUUUUUAAUGUUUCUGCUUCUUCACUGACAUCAAAGUGGGUGGGAGAGGGCGAAAAGCUUGUUCGUACUCUUUUUCAGGUUGCCAUUUCCAGGCAGCCAUCAGUGAUUUUCAUUGAUGAGAUUGAUAGUAUUAUGUCAACAAGAACAGAGAAUGAGAAUGAAGCAAGUAGAAGGUUGAAGUCUGAGUUUCUAGUUCAGUUUGAUGGGGUAGCAUCAAAUUCUGGUGAUUUAGUUACUGUCAUUGGUGCAACCAAUAAACCCCAAGAAUUGGACGAUGCAGUUCUUAGAAGACUGGUAAAAAGAAUCUACAUUCCUUUGCCAGAUGCAAAUGCUAGGAGAGUUCUUCUGAAGCAUAAGCUCAAGGGUCAAGCAUUUUCUUUGCCGGAUAGAGAUGUAGAGAGACUUGUGGCUGAAACUGAUGGGUAUUCCGGAAGCGACCUACAAGCUUUGUGUGAGGAAGCUGCAAUGAUGCCAAUCAGAGAGCUAGGUGCAGACAUUCUCACAGUCCAGGCAAAUCAGGUUAGGAGGUUAAGAUAUGGAGAUUUUCAGAAGGCAAUGACUGUUAUCAGGCCUAGCUUACAGCGAAGCAAGUGGGCUGAACUCGAAAGGUGGAAUCGAGAGUUUGGCUCCAACUAGUUUAAUAUUGCUCCAUAUACAUGCAUAAAGUUUUUCCUUUAUUGAAAAACAAUUAUUUCAGGUAUAUUAUGGCCUCAGAAGAUUCACUAAUUGAUAACAUGUAAAAAAGUUUAUAAAAUUUGAUUAUAAUUUAUAUAUGUAUCUAUAAUCUA